UUAACAUACUAUAUAAAAGCACAAUUACAGAGUAACUUCAAUAAAACUCUGGUGAAACUUCGUAACACUUUGAUGAUUCCCUCAUAAUCAUGAUUCCUUCAUAGUUAUAAAAGUAAUAAUGAAACUUAGAUUAAAUCCUUCAUAUUUUAUUAUUACAUGUUCUAUUAAACCGCUUAACAUUGCGUAAGUUAAAAUACGCGUAAAAUUUGUGUAAAACUAUAAAUUAAAUAUUACUAUAAGCAUUAUUGUAAAUAUUACGAGAUGAUAAGGAACGUGACUAAGAACCGUGUAUAAGAAACGUGGAGGUGAUAAGCAACGCGGACGACAUUUACAUGCGCGACAUGAGAAGUUCUAUUUCGUUUUCACAGACCUGUAGAAGUCAGGUGAUGAAACGUAAAAUUUGAGUUAUACAAUUUACCAGCUAUUGCGACAGCAAAAACUCUGCAAUCAUUUGCAAGCUGUCAUAUAAAACUCGAAGCAACACUAUUCCGGAGCAGCAGGACUAACGGAAGAUACGUCGGAGGGAAACGCUACAUUACUACUUACAAAGCCAACCAAAAUGAAACUCGAACGAACUUUUAACAAUCGUCCCUGAGCAGCUAAGCAAAUGCAAUUUAAGCUUCUUUAGUUUCCUAUCAACUGAAUCGGCGACGGCAUUGGUCACUGUGAUGUUAUGCAAAAUGGGAAAUAACAGAGAAACUCUCCUUCCAAAGUAACCGCAAAUUUACGACUCUAAAUGAUAUUCAUUGAGAAAUUCCAUCGCAAGCUUCAGAGGACUGAAAUUUACCUACGCAACAACGUAGAAAGUUCGAACUACGAAAUUUAUCGUUACAAUACUUCCUAUUUAUUUUAAACUCCAUUUAGCUAACACGCUCUAAUAACAUGUUCAAUAAUGCGCAAAGAAAUGCUGCAAUAAUGAAUUGGAGUAAUCAAUAAUAACAAAUAAAUUUCUCGCAAAAUCUUCAAAGCGUGAACAAAAAUUUGCAAUUUCGUAACACAGUUCUCAAUUAAAACAAUGUUAGACAACUAAUGAGUAGCGAGGAGAGCAUACAUGCAUGGAUAUAAUUUUGUAACGAGAUAUAAGGAACAAAAAGUGAUAUCUCAGAGCGAUGUAACAUCCGUGACACUUUCAUCGAUAUAAGCGCGUGAGUUGACGAGAGGAACGAAGAUCGAAGAGCAAGAGCGAGUGACAAGAAAAUGUCGAUUCAAGGGCGCAACCUGUCCGAUAACCUGGUUUCCACGGAAUAUUUCGGUGCUUCAGAAACCGAUGAUGGGUCGCCGAUCGUUACCGUUCUGCCCCGGUUUUCCACCGUCACUUCCGGUAUCGCCAAUGUCACCCCGCCCAUCAACCUACAAUCGUCCGGUCAGAAUGACCUCUUGGAAAAUUUGAUUAUACCGCUGUACGGCAUAAUCUUCUUUCUUUCCAUCGUCGGAAAUUCUUUGGUACUCAUCACUCUGGCAAGGAACAAAAGGAUGCGCACAGUGACAAACGUUUAUCUAUUGAACCUGGCCGUGUCGGAUCUUCUGCUCGGUGUGUUCUGCAUGCCUUUUACUCUUUUGGGCCAAAUUCUCAAAAACUUCGUCUUUGGUCUCACAAUGUGCAAGCUGAUACCAUAUUUUCAAGCUGUGUCGGUGUCAGUGGGUGUCUGGACACUGGUCGCUAUUUCAUUAGAACGUUACUUUGCUAUUUGCCGACCAUUGAAAUCGAGACGAUGGCAAACGCAGUUCCACGCUUAUAAAAUGAUUGCUGUUGUGUGGACUCUCAGUCUCACGUGGAACGCGCCAAUUCUCGUCAUGUCCCAAUUAAAAAACUUGCGUGGAGGAAGGCGUAAAUGCCGCGAGGAGUGGCCGAGUGUCGGCACCGAGAGGGCGUACAAUCUCUUUCUAGACGGCACAUUGCUGUUGAUACCGUUGUUGCUCAUGAGCCUGGCUUAUUCGCUGAUAGCGAUAAAACUUUGGCGCGGCCUGAAGCUCGAGAUACGACAGUCAUCGACGUGCACCAGGAGACUUGGCAGAACGGCAUCAAAUGCGACGCGGAGUUCAACUUACAACAAUAACAACGAUCGCGAUGCAAGAUCCACAGUGGUAUUUAGUAAUGCUCGCAGACCGAAUUCGAGAUCGCGUCGAGGUUUCUCGUCUUCCACGGGACACUUGCAAGGCACUUCUCAAGGUGCACCAUCUAGGGUGCGGCUACCACGGACGGUGGUCUCCAGGGUGCUUACCGGCAAGUGUCACGGUACAGAUUUGUCCCAGGGAUCCAGGAUUCAGAUACGGGCAAACGGAAGCGGCUGCUUAACGCGGGACACGAAGGACAUCGUUAACGAGGAUCAUCAAGACUCAACCUGUCCGCUCAACAGACAACACGUGAUACGCAGUAAUUACAUGNUGAACGCUCUCACUACGAUGUUGCAGGUGAUCAGGAUGCUCUUCGUGAUAGUCCUGGAGUUCUUCGUGUGCUGGGCGCCGUUGCACGUAAUCAAUACAUGGUACCUUUUCGCGCCGGACUUCGUGUACUCGGUCGUCGGUAGCACCGGCAUCAGCCUCGUGCAACUGCUUGCCUACGUCUCCAGCUGCUGCAAUCCCAUCACGUACUGUUUCAUGAACAGAAAAUUUCGCCAGGCGUUCCUCGGGCUUUUCGACUGCCACCGGUGCUGGAGGAUAGAUUGCAGACACAACGACAUCGCAAUGGCAACCACCGGAAAUGUCAGCCAAGCUGGCAAUAACAGCGAAUUAAGCGGAAACGACUCAACGGUAUAUCUAGGGAGAGCGUCCCUUGUCGCCAGAUCAGAGGUAGUACGAUUGCUGGAAGAGGAAGAUCGUGUCUAGUAUAGGUCGUGUGGAUUAUACGAGGAAGCGACGCGGUCAAAUGUAUCUCUGCUUCAAUCUCACGAGGUGGACUUUUCCCUGAAAAUACCCUGGCAGCCGCCCCUCGAUAAGGUCGCUUGUCGCGGAAGUGGUAAGGAACUUGCGUGUGUCGGCGCGUCUCAUUGCUCAUCGAGAUCUUCCUGCGUGGACAAUCUCAACUUCCUUUACAAUUGAAUAAAGUGAAAUGCUGGUGUAAAGUAUCUUUGGCCUAACAAAAAUAUCAGAUCUCAUUUUUAUAGUUUCAGUUAAUUUAUGAAAAUCAGAAUAUCCAUGAAAAAGCGCGUUGUGUCUUUCGCAUCGAAUUAUUUUUCUAUUUUCAUCAAACCGAUCGUUCUCGCGCAAUUAAAAAAAAAUUAUCUUAUUAAUGUUUUUGUACAAAUUAAUUAAUGUCUGGCGAAAAUCUAACAGAGUAACUUCAAGUUUCAGAUAAUGAAGCUCAUUUGCCACGUACUUACUCUAUAUCUUAACAAAGUAAAACACUACAAAAUUGAAAUUAACCGUUGGCAGUAGAUCAUUAAAUCUAUAACUCAUCGGUAUGUCCUUAACGUGGAUAGAAGAUAAAAUACUUCAAAAUAAUAGACGCAAAUAUUUAAAAAAUUGUAUUUUUACAUCAGUUUUUACCCUUUAAGAAUGAUAGUAAUAUCGCAUUCGCUAUAAAUGCUCGCAAUUUUGCAAGAAUUACAAGUUCUAAAAAAUUAAUAAUUAACCCAAUUUUCAAAAUAAUGUUUUAUACGCCUGCAUAAAAAAAGACAAAGCGUUUUAAGCACUUUCGCAGACAAGCUUAACGCAGCGCGCUAUAAAGUAUAUUUAUUCAGUAAACAUAAUUUUAUGUGGAAAACAAACACAGUUAUGCUAUUUUAGCUUAACGCCUACUCAUUUACGUUACUUAUGGUAAUUUCGGAAGACGGUUUUAUAUUUAAUGCUCACACAUACUGAACUACCCGAAAUUUUAUAGUAAUUGUGGUUUGCCAGAAUAGACCGCGUUUAAUUCAAUUUUUAUAAUUUCCUGCGAAAAAAAUCGGAAAAUAUAGUGCUUUAAAAAUUGUAUUUGACGAAGCGUUCGAAAAUUUUUAAUAAAAUUAUCAUUAAACAUAAAUUCAUAUAUAAAUGCCACAUCAUAUGUAGUUCACAUAUCUUUCAUCGAGCAUAUCUUUGAUACACCUGUUGCACACGAUUUAUGAAUCUGUCAGAGAAUAACUUUUAAAUGAUAGCGUGAAAUACACGACCAUGUUGCCAUAUUAAAACCACUCUUGCUGUUUUCAGGACUCAUAUUUCUAUGAUAAUACUUCAAUGUUAUUAUUCGUGAAGAGCCAUUACCGUGUAACGCAGGCGUUUUCCGUAUAAGCAUGUUGUAUAAUAUUACAGUAACUGUAGCGUUCUAAAAAAUUUAUUUUACUUACUCUUCAAAUCCAUUUGUCGUUUUAAAGCAUUUUUUAGGAAACGUUUCAUCAACAAGACACUGUAUAAAGUAAUGAUUCUUCAUACAAAUAUCAGAUUUCAUAAAAUUUUCAAAAUG